UUUCGUUAGUGGCACUGAUUUGUUUACACCUGGCUCCACCCUUUGGACGUGACUAAGUUUACGUUCAAACGUACAAUUAACUUUUGAAAACGUUUUCAGUGUGAAAAGCAGUGCAUAUCAUAAUAAAAAAUAUUUUAUUAGUAUAUUAUAGUGAUAUUUACAUUUAAAAAUAUCAAACAUAUAAUUAUUAUCGGCUAUGUAAUAUCGUAAUAGUCAUUUCGUAUUUUACUCCCGAUUUUUAGUUUAUAUUGUGACAGAAUCAACAUACUAAGAGACAAUGAAGAACAGAAGCUUAGCCGGCAAUUGUGGCAUUGCCGUUUUUGUCAUCGCCCUUGUGACUGUGGCAUUGGCAUUCGGUACGCCCAACUGGCUCGUUAGCGACGAGAGAAUACGCGGGGCUAAAAUGGAGCGGUUAGGACUCUGGAGCCAUUGCUUUCGAUCGUUACCUGACCCACUGGAUCAGUAUCAACGAAGGUUCUUUGUGGGUUGCCGUUGGGUAUAUGAUCCCUUCACUACGGGAUACGAUAGAAUACGUGGAUACCUGCUUCCAGGAUUUAUGAUAGCAACACAGUUCUUUUUCACCAUAUGUCUUAUAGGCGUGCUUAUAUCUAUGGUAUUGGUGAUCAUUUUCUUCACAUGUUGUGGGCCAGAUCAAAAAAGAUUUGUUAUACUUAUAAAAAGUUUGGGAUAUAUUAUGCUGACUGCAGGUAUAAGUGGAAGUAUGGCUGUUAUUGUCUUUGCUUGUACAGGGAAUACUGACGGUUGGAUGCCAGAUCAUGCUAAUAACUAUUUAGGUUGGUCCUUUGGUUUGGGUGUAGUGGGAGCUGUGGCUUGCUUGAUAACAGCAGCACUUUUCCUCACAGAAUCAAAUAUUCAAGCUAAAAAGCGAAGGAGGCUGAAGGAGUCGCAAGCCCGGUUCGAAUUAGAGGAAGAAACUAAAGCGUAACAAUUAAUUGAAAAUCACAACUAAGUACCGUCCUUUUAUGGUGCCUUAAGAAUAUGUAUUUUUAAGACUAAGUAACAUCACAUUGCGUCCAUUUUUAUACAUUUUAUAU